AUGAAGCAGUGGAAGCGGACCGGCGCCGAGGGCGACCAGCACGAGCAGUGGGGCGGCGUCGGGGGCAACGCGUUCCAGUUCGACGGCGUCUUCUGGUGCGAGGCCGUCCAGGAGGAGGUCUUCAAGACGGUCUGCAAGGAGCAGGUGGACCACAUCCUCAGGGGCUACAACGCCUGCUGCUUCGCCUACGGCCAGACGGGCUCCGGCAAGACGCACUCGAUGUUCUUUCCCAAGGGCGGCGUCGACCGGUCCGACGCGGACCGCCAGGGCCUCAUCCCGCGGGCCGUCGACUACCUCUUCUCCCGCCUCUCGCAGCCGGGCGUCGAGGCCGAGGUCAACGUGUCCUUCCUGGAGGUCUACUGCGACACGCUCCGCGACCUCGGCAAGGCGUCGCUGCCCGGCGCGCGCCGCGGCAUCCGCGAGGACAAGGACGGCGUCGUCUUCGUCAAGGGUCUAGCGAAGCUCGCAGUGAAGUCGAGCGCGGACGUGCUCAACAUCAUCGACCGCGGCCUCCGGCUCCGGGCGACGGAGUCGACUUCGAUGAACGACACGUCCUCGCGGUCCCACACGGUGUUUACGAUCGAGGUGUCCAUCGCCAAGGGCGGCCGCGGCGGCGCGAGCGGCGUCAUGGGCAAGCUGCACCUCGUGGAUUUGGCCGGCUCCGAGCGCCUGAAGAAGUCCGAGUCCAGUGGCAUCCGCAUGGAGGAGGCGCUCCACAUCAACAAGUCGCUGACGGCGCUGGGCAAGGUCAUCGUGUCGCUGGACCCGACGGCGUCCAACGGCCACGUGCCCUACCGCGACUCGAAGCUCACGCGGCUCCUGCAGAACGCGCUGGGCGGGGAUUCGUACACGUCCGUGCUCGCGACGAUCCGGCCGACGCGGUCCCACGCGGAGGAGUGCCUGUCCACGCUCCAGUUCGCGAACCGGUGCCGCAAGGUCGCGAACAACCCGCGCGUGCAC